AAAAUCCUGAAGUUAAAGAAUUAUUUCAAUUUAUUUCUCCAUAUAUAAAAUUACCUAACCAAAAAUCACUUAGCAAUUGUAUUUUAAUGAAUACAACUAACAAAGUUCAGACAACAAUUAAAGAUCUUGCUUGCAAUGAUAAAAUUGGUAUUACAAUUGCUUUUGAUGGUUGGUGCAAUAUUGUAAAUCAGGAAUUAAUAGGCAUAAUAUUUAUUACGUCUUCGAGAGAAACUUUAAUUUGGAAAGCAGAAGAUAUUAGUAUUGAAAGACAGCGAAAAGAAGAAGUAAUAUCUAGAAUUUGUAAUCUUUUUGAAGAG